AUGGAUAAAAUUCAACAACAACAAGCUGGUCAACCAGAUCGUCAAAAAGCUCCGGUUGCAGCCAAUCAACCACGAGAAAAUCUCGUUCGAUACAACUAUCACGAGGACAACGAAGGUUUGAUCAAUCGUCAGAUCAAUUUAGAAUUGUAUGCUAGUUAUGCUUAUAUGGCUAUGGCACAUCAUUUCAAUCGAUCCGAUGUUGCAUUAAAAGGACAUUAUGAUUUUUUCAAGAAGAUGUCUGAAGAAGAACAUGAACAUGCGAAUAAAUUUAUGGAAUAUCAAAACAAACGUGGUGGUACAAUUGUACUUUUGGAUAUCAAGAAACCAACUCAACAAAGUUGGUCUUCGGCUCUUGAAGCUCAUGAAACUGCAUUACAAUUGGAAAAGGAUGUUUACCAAGCAUUGCUCGAAUUGCAUUCAUAUGCUGGCAGACACAAUGAUCCACACCUUUCCAAUUAUCUUGAAGAUGAAUUUCUCGAUGAACAGGUUAAAUCGCUUAAAGAAUAUUCGGACUACAUCACCAAUUUACGUCGUGUUGGUCCUGGUCUUGGCGAAUAUAUCUUCGAUAAAGAAGAACUUCAAGAUUAA